AUGGAUUAUAUCAAGGGAAUCAAGCCUCUAUCCUGUUCCAGUGAUUGGCCGUCAUGGAAAGAUAAAGUGCUCGACGUACUCGCCUUAUUUAAUGCCGUGGACAUCGUCGAAGGUAAAUCAACCUGCCCCGAAGAACCAAAAACGACCGAUACCGCCGCUGACGCCGCCGAAAGACGUAAGUUGAUUGCAACAUGGCAAAAAUCUUCUCAUCAAGCGAAAAUAAUCAUUUCUCAAACCGUUUCCGAAGAGCUACACAGUCGAAUCGCUGGUAGACUCUCUGCGCGCGAAGCAUGGCAAGUGCUUACGAAGGAAUUCGAUGACAAGGCAGAAGACCAAAUAUUCCGCGAAUGCCUGAAUUUCUUUAGUACAGAGUGGAAUGAUUACGAAGAUGCGCCCUCUGUUGUUGCUCGAAUUAAAAAUCAACAUCGUAAAUUUCGAGCUGGUCUGGAAAAUCGCAAAAUCGAGACAGUCGAUAAGCUGUUGGAGAUUUUAUUCGUUUCGAAAGUAUUACACAUUCUUCCGAGUCGUUUCGAAGCUUUUAAAUCGAGCUACCUUCUUCUCAAUGCUCAAGCUGAUAAGUCACUAAGUAAUUUGUCAGAUUCGCUUAUCAUGCACGAGCGUAACAUCGCACCAGUACAUAGUUCAACGUCGUCAUCGUCAUCGGAAGCUAUGUUCGCUAAAUCUGGUCAGAAAAGUGGUUCGAAUGUCGUCGCGAAAACAUCUGGUGAUCAAUCCGUUCGAAAUCAUCAGAGAAACGCUCAAGUGUGUAAAUACUGUUCCGGGAAAGGGCACUGGCUCAAAAAGUGCUCACAGUGGAUCAACGAUGGUAAACCACCCUUUCCUGCUCGAGCUAACGAUACUUCUGGUUGUUUGCCUCAAGUCAACGUUUCUGGUUGUUCGCCAAAACUCAACGAUAUCGAUUCAGAACCUAAAAGCGCUCUACUCGCCGAUUGUGAGCAACUGAAUCUCGUUACAUCUUCGUCAGAUCAAUCUUGGUGGAUUGAUAACGGUGCAACGAAGCACAUUACGUCGAAUCGAGAAUGGUUUCAAACAUACGAAACAUUUUCGAAACCAAAUUACGUCAAAGCUGCUGGCAGUCGCGUCACAGCAGUUGGUCAUGGAUCGAUCGAAGUUGCUAGCUUCGUAAAUGGUCAACUUGUCAAGUUCGAUUUGACUGACGUAUGGUAUGUUCCUUGUAUUUCGAAGAAUUUGUUCUCAGUCGUCGCGGCUCACGAUAAAAAGCCAGAGAGCAGAUUUUAUUCGAAUCCUACGUUCAGCAAAUUCGAAGCAGAUAAUCGCGUUAUGUUCACCGGUACGAGAUCGAAAAAUGGUUCUCUUUUCAAAGCGUCAUUCGAGACCAUUUUGCCGGAACCGCAGGUGAAUGCUGUUGAGAGCAGCGAAAUCGUGCAACUUUAUCACGAACGAUGGGGCCAUAUUAAUAAAAAUCACGUUCGAGCUAAACUUGCUGAAUUGGGCCUGAAGAAACGAUCGAAGGAAACUAAAACCAAUUCGAGCAAACCCUGUCAGUUCGAUAAAGUUCAUAGCGAAACGUUCGAACAACGUUUAUCGACCAGAGCAGUUGGUGAGCUGCUAUCUGGUGAUAUUUGCGGGCCAUUCGAUUGUUCCUUUGGUGGUCGCAAAUAUCUCAUCGUUAUCAAAGAUGAUUAUUCGAAUUAUCAUCAUACGUUCGUUGAGAAGGAGAAAACCGCCACAGUAGUAUCUCGUUGCGUUCGAGAGGUACUAUUCAAAGCUCGCGCCCUUGGUCAUCGAGUGUUAGAAUUCCAGUCUAGCAGCCAAGGUGAGUUCGAUAACAAAGCGCCACACACAGCUGUUGAACGCGGUAGCAGUGCGAUCGUAGAGAUGGCGCGAACAUUGAAAUAUUCAAAUCCAGAGAUUACGUAUCCGAUUGAAAUCUGGGCUGAACUCGUUACCACCUCUUUGUAUUUGCUGAAUAGAGUAGGCAAGUCAUUGAUCAACGGUUCGACUCCUUACGAGAUGUGUUCGAAGUGUUACGCUAACGUUCCGAUCCAGUCACGUCAAAAUCUGGAUAAAAAGGUUCUCGAAGGUUACCUCGUCGGAUACGAUGGUGAUGAGCAAUAUCGAGUUUACGUUCCAGAGAAACGUGACGUUGUUAUUUCGAAAGAUGUCACUUUCUACGAGAAACUUCGCAAUUGCGACCAACGAGUUACCAUUCCAAUCAAUCGAGAUUUGCUAGAUCCGAUUGAUAACGAUACCGAUACAGAGAUAAGUGAUGAGAAGAAAAGUGCACCUUCUACGUCGAAGUCAUCGCUUGUUACGCCGAAAUCUUCGACCAAAGCGACUCCGAAAAGUUCGCUAAAAAGCUCACCGAAAUCAUCGAAUAGUUCUUUGCUCGAGAAUGACGAAUUUGAUGACGCUAACAAUAUUAUCAACAACGAUCUAGAAGAAACCGAGCUUCUAUCUAGAUGGAGAAAAUUACGCGAUAACAAUCGUUCAAAAUCUCAAGACGUCAACGAUCACGCUAAUUGCGUUGAGAUUGAGAUUUUCACGGCUGAAAUAGAAGCUUCAAUGAAAUCGUAUGUGGAAGCAGUUCGGAGCCAGCCUCAUUCCAAUUUGAAAGACCCUAUGGACUCCGCGAUCCGUUCCAUAGCCGCUAACGAUGCGCCGGAUUUACGUUCAAGAUCUCCGGGAAAGCGAUCAGAUCAGACAUCGACAAGUCUAAUAUUUCCAUUCGAUCAUCGAUUAGCAGCAAACGAGCUGCUGUUACGUCACCAGAGACACGUCGAUAUCUCUCUGGAAAAUCCUACCACCGAAAACGUCAGCUGUCUACAUUACGUAUUCGCAGACAGCUCUAGAGUUCCAGCUCACCGGAUGAUAAAAGAAACCUCAACCAUUGCUCCGAAAGCCGCAAAAUACUUCUCGCAAAGGAUUCCAUUUGAUUUUCAACAUAACCACUGUAAAUUCAAAAUAAGGUUUGAUCUUGUAGAUGAUCAAGGAAAUCACGAGGAAAUUUAUAUUCCAGAAGGUGCCUACGAAGUUACGGAUAUUAUCAACGCUAUAAGAGAUAAAAAAUUCAACUCUUUAUAUAAUGUUGAGAGAAAAAAUAUACGAUUUGAUCUUUCAGAAGAUGAAAAGAAGAUGAUUACAGUUCCAGAAGGAAUUUAUGAUGUGGAUAAUCUAGAGAGUACAAUCAAAGCAAAGGAAUUUGAUAAACUAAGUACAAUAAUACAAAAAAGGGAAGAUUUACAUCUAGAUAAGUUAUUAGAUAAAGAGUGUCGUCAUUACAUUCACAUUCCUGGAGAUAAGUACAAAGUAGAAGAUAUCUUACAAGCAAUUAAAGAGAGAAGGGAAAUUGUAGUUCAGAUUGUAGAUCAAGAUGGUAAUCUGUUGGAUUUUGGUGAUGAAAAAAUUUAUGUAGCAUUGGAUAUUAGAGAAAUGUAA